AUGGUUCUCUACGCAGCAUUGGCCAUUACUGGUUUCGCUGCAUUAACAACAGCCACCGCCGCCGCCGCCGCCCAAACAAACGCUGUCGGCGCCGGCUCCUUCUUCCACAUUCCCGGCCACAGCAGCAGCAGCAGCAGCAGCAGCAGCAGCAGCAGCAGCAGCAUCAGCAGCCGGACCCUCCUCACCUCGCGACAAAAGACCGGCCCCCAGUGCCUCAAGGGCCUGGUCGGCUGCGACACCGAGUGCAUCGACGCCAGCUUCGAGUGCUGCCACGUCGGCCAAGGCCAGGCCUGCGAGGAGGGCUACACCUGCUACAGCCAGGGCUGCUGCCGCAAGGGGCAGACGUGCUCCGGCCCGCCCAAGGGCUGCACCGCCACGACCAAGAUGUGCGACGUGGGCUGCAUCCCCCGCGACCGCGUCUGCUGCGGCCUCGGCGACGGCUCGUCGUGCGACGCCGAUACCGUCUGCCUCGAUUCCGGCCUCUGCGGCCGCCAAAAGAGCGAUAUUGGCCCCGGCAACAGCAGCAGCAGCAGCGGUGUCGGCAGCGCCUCUUCUCGGCCGAGCCAGACAGCGACAUUGUCGACGGGCGGAAGCGGACUGAGCUCGACGGGUACGUCGCUCAGGACGCGGUCGAACAGCGCGAUUGGCGCCAGCAUCACGUCGUCUGUGAGUGAGGUCAGCAGCGGCGGCUACAGUCUGUUGCCAGUCACGUCGACAUUGGGACGUGGAGGUGACGUCUCGUCGGACGUGGCUUCAACGAGCCAGCCGAAACCAACAACCACCGACAAGGCCGCCGCUGGCGCGACGCUGGAAGCACCAGGCUUCAUGGCAGGGCUACUCGCGUCAGCAUUAUACAUAGCUAUUUGGGCAAAUCUCUAUGAGGUUUCACCGGCCGUUCGCACCGUCAAUACAGCGUUGAGCGGGACUCCAUGA